CAAGGAGGCACGGGAGUCUAGAAGACAGCUUCAAGUUCUUUAUUGAUCAGUCAGCUGAGCGGGUGUCCCCCUCGACUCAUGCCAGAGGGAGGAGCACACCUUACAAGCGUAGAGCAAGCCUUUUUAUACCCAUUAACAAAUGACUUAACGUGAAUACUUUCUGCUGACCAAAGGAAUUUUUAAAUUCCUUUUUAGGGGUAAAUAGAAUACAUCUGUUGGGGCUGUAAAUAGGAUACAUUUGUUGAGCCUCUUUGAUUGAUUGUCGUGCUAUAUGUUCAUAUAUGGGAAAGGGAGUUUAUAGCCAUGGGGAACAGCUGGGAUAAUAGGCGAGUAUAUGGCCUUUGUUCUAACACCAGACUGCACAUAGAGCCUUGGGGUUCUUAGGGAUCGGCUUGUUUUGAAAUGGGAUUAGCUUGAUUUGGGGAUUAUUGCAAAAGUCAGGAUGUUUGUUUACUGCCCGAAAGUUGGCAGGGAGUUCCCGCCCUCUCUCUCCACUGAGGUAAGCGUUGAGGGCUGUGGAACCUUCUCUCCCUUUGCUGCGGGAGUCCCCGCCGCCACCUGAGCGGGACGAGCUUGGCGCAGGCUCGGAGGCGCUGGGGUCCGCUCCAGGCGGUCGCUAGGCCCUGAUUGGCCGGCGGCGCACCCUGACGUGCCCCGCACUCGGUAAUCCUGCCCUUCCGUGUGGUCGCGCGCUGCGGGGCGGUCAAGUGUUGCUGCAAGCGUCCGGUGCAGGGCUGUGCGGCGAUUCCGGAGCAGCGGCUCAUUGCUGCCCCCCCGCCCCUCCCCGGCAUGAAAGAUGGAGAGUUCAAAUACAAUCAUCCAAAAGCCUUUGAGAGCAAGAAAAACAAUGACUCCAAGUAGUCGAAAACAAGUGGAAAUGCUGAGUAAAACGAAGAAUAUUUCAGGACAAGGAAAGAUUCUAAACGGCUUGCAUACUGAGGAUCACCAUGUUCAGUUAAAUACGGUGGACAUAAACUGCAGAAGUAAUGAUUCUGUAAAAGGAAACUCACCAACUGAAUCAAAAACAGAUACGUUCCCUGAAAAAAGUGAAAUGUUACCUCAAAAAUUAACAGCCUCAAUACAGGGGUUCAGUGUUAACUCAAAAGUAAAUGAAGAAGUAAAACAAUGCUCAUAUGACAAAAAUUUUGAUCAAAACUGUCAAGAAGAAUCCCAAGAACCUCUCCAUGAGAAAUCUUGUAACAAAAACUCUGAUGCAAAACAGUUCCUAAAUGCUGGGUGUUUACAAGAUAUACUGCAUAAAUGGUAUGAAAAUGAACUAAAUACACCAUCCUCCAAGCCAGUUGAAGUGCAUUUGUAUUCAAAACCAAAUAACCUACCUGUUGACCAGUUAAAAGAGAAUGCUUGUUUAGACGAUCCAGUUAACAGUGAUUCUGGGGAUGAAAAAAGAACUAACAAGAUUAUUCCUAUUUUAGAAAAGAUAGACACAACAACAGAAAUAAAUAGUGCAAUAGAAGAGGUUAUUCCCAUAUUAAAAAAGGUAGACGUGAUAUCUGAUUCAAAUGAUGUGAAGCACAAAUAUAACCUUACUAAUUCAGUUACCCCCACACUGCCUGGGACAGAUAGAAUAGCUGAUGGUUCGGAGAGUAAAACAUCCUAUGGAAAUGGUAGUCCAAAUAUUUCACCAGAUGUGGAAGCUGCUGUUAUGCUGCAGGAUACAUCGCCUGGAUAUAGCAUUGGUGACAAUGUUCAAAGGAAGAGGGUAUGUUCAGAAAGCAAGGAAGACAGUCAUUGUAAACGCUUCAAAACUGCUGAUGAAAACAAAAAAGAGAAUAUUUGUACAGUGCCAGAAAAAGAGGAAAAAUUUUUGGGAAAGGUCAAACACUUGAUUCAAAAGCGUGUGGAUAUUUUAAAUAAUGAUGUCUUUAACCAUAAACUGGAAAGUUUAAAUGGAAGAGUUGAUCAAACACAAUGUCGAAAAAAACAUGAAGAAAUAGCUAUUACAUUUCUAAAGAAAGUGUCUAAGCUUGAGAGACGUAUUAAUACUGUGAUAGCAUUUCAGAAGAAAAUAUUAUCGAAAAUGGUCACUAGUAAGGCAAAUCUUCCAGGUGCAAACUCGCAAAAUGCGAUACUUAAUCGAACCAAAUCUGUUCCACCACUUCCUGAUAACAUAAAUGGACAAUCAGUUUCUUCAGUUAAACAUUUAUCAUCAUCCCAUAGACAAACUGGUUCCACUUCUGAAUGUGUUGCAGAAGAAAAUGUAAGCUCUGAUGAAGUUAUACUGAUUUCUGUGGAAAGCAGAAAUUCAACAACAGUAACAACUGCAAACAAUUCAGAUAUUCAAAAAAAAUUAGUUUCUACACAAGCAGAAAUUUCCACUAAAGCUCAAUCCAAAAACAAGUGCACUGAAGAAAAAACAAAAUCUGCAGUGAUUGAUCUAACAGAAGAAGAAAAGCACAAUUUUGAUAAAGGUCAAGACCUGGAUGGGAGAACUCAGGGUGCUGCAGGAAACAGUAUUAGUGGCUGGCUUGGUAAGUUAAAAGAAGACCAAAAUUCUGUGUCAAACAAAAGUAAUUCAAAGAAAGCAAGCCCCAAAUCAAAUCGCCUUGAGCCACCAGCACAAGCAUCACAUCAGGUUCUUGAACAGUUUCCACAUCCUCCUCCGCUACCAAGGAUACCUCCAUACCCAGAACUCAAGGAUGGAUUCAGAGACACUGUGCCACCUCAGAAGCCUGAACUAAAACUGGCUCAGGUGCAAAAUCCAAAAGGUAUUGCACUCUCAUGGACUGUUACAGAGAUUGAUCCCAAGUGCGCUCCUGUAGAGAGCUAUCACUUGUUCAUAUACCAUGAACACUCCAAUAACAGUACUGUACCACACUGGAAGAAAAUAGGAGAAAUAAAGGCUUUGCCCCUACCAAUGGCUUGUUCUUUAUCACAAUUUACAGCCUCCAAGAAGUACUACUUUACUAUACAAUCAAAAGAUGUAUGUGGACGUUAUGGACCGUUUUGUGAUAUACAAUCAAUUACUUUAAUUUCUCUGGAAAACUCAUAAGCUACCUCAAUAACUGUUACACGGUUGUUUCAAUUUGAAAUAUUGUAUUUUUACUUGUAAACAAUCCAGAGCCAAGGAAUUAAUUGUACCACAGACUGUAUUCACUCAGUUCUGUUUCUUAUCUAUCAUGCCAACUAUCAGUUAUUUAUAUUCUGAGCAUUGUUCUAUACAUUUUGUAAGUUGUUUCUAAUAACUUGACACUGAGAAUUCUGUUUAUAAAACUAAUUUCAGUUCUGGGUUUAGUUUAGUUAUUUUCCUUCUCAAUCCUUCCCCUCCCAUUCCUUUCAUGUAGGAUGUACUUGGGACAUAAAGGAAUAAAAGUUUCUACUUGGUAACUAUGAAUUGUGAUGACGAUCAUGAGAUUAGAAAUCUAAUAUGUCAUGAAUUUUUUGUGGUGUUUUGCUCACCCUUUUUGUAUUUUUGGGGAAGAUAGUGGGUUUUUUGUGUUCCAUUUCCUUCACUAAAUGGUGCACAAGCUUUCGGAAGGUUUUAGUUCUUGUACUUGUGUACUCAUACAGUACUACAGGAGCAUCUCCAUUAUUCUGAAGCCUCUGAAAAAUGCUUGUAAGGAUGAAAGUUUCUGUAGUGGGGAUGAUGAUAAUACAGGAACUAUAGUGUUUAAAUACUACCAUCACCUGAGAUAAUCAGCUGGACCAUUAUCUUUUUAGAGAUGCUGCAUUGUAAAGGAACACCAAAUGAGAUUGUUUCAUUGUCACCCAUUUUGGGCAAGAAUUAAGUUUCUGGGGAAGUUGAUUAAAGUGUUUAUAAAUAAAUGUUUUCCAGUGCUGUAUAAGUACUUCACCUGCUUGUAUCUUCUGGUAUUAAAGAGGCUUCACUUGCCUUUAGGUGUGGUACUAUGGUAGUUAUUACUCAUCCAGACAGACAUUUGAGAAUGCCACAAAGAGGUAGGUGACCCAUUACUUAGGUUAGUGAUGGUUCUAGAAUAUUUAGUUUACAAAAUUAUUAAUUACAAAAACAGUGUGGUGACAGUUGGCUUUCUGUUUAUGUAAAUAUGCAUAUUGAAAUGAAUUCAGUGAUAUUUGUAGUGUGUCCAUUACAGCAAGUAUAUAAAGAAAUAGUCAAUUCCUGGAUUAAUUUAAAUUUAGUAAUAAACUACAAGCAACGUA